AAAAAAAUCGCUGUUUUUUGAAGCGACUGUCGAGUUCAAAUUUCCCUCCCCAAAGCCCUGUGCUCCCUUGCUCUCUUUCUCUGACUCACUGGGAGCAUUUUCUCAUGAGGCAAAGGGGUCGUUCUUAUGGAAAUCGCAUCACCUGAUGCCGAGCGGUUUUCAGAGGACCAAAUCGCGUUGGUCGACGAGGGGAGAAAGCUGCCAAGAGAAACUAAUGAUAAAAGAAAUGAAUCCAAUCCAUGGAGAAGAUUAAACGGUGGGCCGCUGAAGAGGACUAGCUGGAAUCGAUCCCUUUCCAUAAGGGGAAGGGAAAGCAUAAUAUUUGUUGGCGGCCUUGAUUUGAGGACAAAACCAAAACAAAGAGGCGAGCGGAAUAAAAUAAAGCAGAAGAAAGCUUCGGAACAACUCUAUGAUUUCAGCAAGGAAAAGGCAUAUUUUGAAGAGGUUGAUGCCUUUGAACUGUUGGAGGAAAGUCCUUCACCCAAUAAGUUUACUUGGAAGAUGGGUGCAGAUUAUAACUGCAUGGAGCAGGACUUGACUGCCAUUGUGGGUCGAUGGAGAAGAUCAAAGCUUUUUUCGGGACAGUGCACUGCAUGGCCACUUUCUAAGAUAAUGGAAACAAUACCAGCUCCCUCAAGUUACACUACUACUGAUGGUUCUGUCAAGCAUGGUGUUGUCCGUUCUCUAUCACAGAUCAGAGAAAAUUCAACUUUUGAAGUGAGCGAGUGUAAAUCCUAUAGUGCAACAAAGAAAUCUACGAAGGAGUUUCUCUCAGAGGUUGCCUCAAACUUUUCUAUUGUCCCAAGGGGUAUUUCUUUAGGAAGUGCUAAUAAAAAAUUGAUUGAAGAUUUGAGGGCAGAUUCUGUUUUAUCUUCCCUUAGUGCCCUCAGCAUAAAACAAGAGGGAAUCAUCAAUGAUGAAUGUGAAGGUGCAAUGGCUUUCUCAAAGAACAAGACAUGUAAGAUGGUUAAGGCUGGUGGCAUGAACGAUUCAGGGGCCUUACCUGGAGAGUCAUGUGGUGGGGAAUCACUGACUGCAUUUGAGCAACUUCUUAUGGUUUGCAAGCAGUCAUGUCCAAUAAAAUUGUCUGAAGUCUUCUUGGAUUAUUGUGAUGCUAGCAAUAUAAUAAAGCUUGGUGAAGGCACAUAUGGCGAGGCUUUUAGAACUGGUGAAACAGUAUGCAAGAUAGUUCCCAUUGACGGUGAUUUGGUUGUUAAUGGAGAAGUCCAGAAGAAAUCUGAAGAAGUGUUAGAAGAGGUCUUGCUUUCCUUAACGCUAAAUUCUUUGAGAGAGCAGCAUGAAUAUGGAGAAAAGCUAAAUUCGUGUGCAAAUUUUAUUGAGACCAAGGAUUUUAGAGUAUGUCAAGGCUUGUACGAUACACACUUAAUUAGAGCAUGGGAAGAGUGGGAUGCCAAAAAUAAUUCUGAAAAUGAUCAUCCUUGUGCAUUUCCUGACAAUCAAUGCUACAUUGUGUUUGUAUUAGCUGAUGGUGGAAAGGAUCUUGAAAACUCUGUCCUUAAAAAAUUUAAUGAGGCUCGAAGUUUACUUGUGCAGGUUACCGCUUCAUUAGCUGUGGCAGAAGUUGCAUGUGAAUUUGAACAUCGAGAUUUACACUGGGGUAACAUUCUUUUACGUCGUAAUGGGGCCACAAUUGUUAAUUUCACCCUCGAAGGGAAAAAAAUGAGUGUAAAUAACUUUGGGCUGGCAGUAUCUAUAAUUGACUUCACACUUUCUCGUAUCAACACUGGAGAAGCUGUACUAUUUCUUAACCUUUCAGCAGAUCCUGAACUCUUCAAGGGUCCUAAAUUGAAUAUACAGUUCGAAACAUAUAGAAGGAUGAAAGUAGUCACUGGAGGAUGCUGGGAAGAGAGCUUCCCCAAGACCAAUGUUCUUUGGCUAAUGUAUCUUGUUGACAUUUUGGACAAGAAGAAAAUCUUUGAUCGGACGACAAAGGAUGUGAGAGAUCUUAGGUCAUUUAAAAGGCGUUUGAACAACUAUGAAUCUGCUAAGGAUUCUCUGUCUGAUCCAUUCUUAAGUGAACUUCUUUUACCUUCAGGUAUGAUGAAUAGUUAUGACUUGGUGACAUUAGUUAAAGCCACCUAAUGUGACUAGAAGGGAGUUCCUCAUUCCUCCCUUUGAAGCUAGAGUUUCAAGAAGGUUUUUUAUUUGAUUUGCUAAUUAGAUUAUGAAACGG